CUUAUGGCCAUAGAAACCCACGCCUCGUGUUAAACAGUAAACACUACUACUACUACUACUACUUUUUUUUUUUCCUUAAUUUAUUUUGGGACCCUUUCCUUUUCUUUUCUUUCCUCCAUCACCGCCGCUUCUUCUCCAUUUUCGAGUACUUAAUUUCCUUUUUUUUUCUCCCACCAUUUCCGUGAUCAAAACUCAAUGUCUUACCCGACUUUAUUGUUGCUGCUAAGAUAACCAUAAACCCUGAAAAAAAAAUCUCUGCUUUGUCUUUCUGGGUUUUUUUUUCUUCGAGAAACUUGUUGAUUGAAAGGAGUGAAGGAAAAAGUUGAGAAUUAUGAAGGAACCCCAUCUGGGUUCUUGGGGUUCUGUCGUUUGGAGCCUGUUUUUUGUCGUUUUGGUUGUCUGUUUUGGAGUGGAGUCUCAGACCAAUGUCGAUGGAAAAGCCAUGGAUGCUCUUAAGAAGAGUAUAGGUAAGAGCAGUCUUGCCUGGGACGGUUCUGAUUACUGCAAAUGGGAGAAGGUUUCGUGUACUAACAGCGGUCGAGUUCAGAAGAUCCAACUCGGGAAUCAGAACCUGGCAGGAACUCUCCCGCCGGAACUCGCGCAGUUGACGGAGUUGCAGCGUUUUGAGGUCCAAUCCAACCAGCUUACCGGUGAUUUUCCGAGCUUUUCUGGGUUGGGAUCGUUGCAGGCCUUGCUUGCCCAUAACAACAAUUUCAGCUCUAUUCCCGCCGAUUUCUUUAACGGCCUUACCUCGCUGGAUACUAUAAACAUCGACUACAUACCCUUUUCGCCAUGGUCCAUUCCGGAGGGUAUCCGAGACGCUUCUUUGCUCAGGGAUUUCUCGGCGAACAGUGCUAAUAUUGUUGGAAAGAUACCGGAUUUCUUCGGCGGGACCAACUUCCCGGGUUUGACUAAUCUGCGUUUGGCUAUGAACAGCCUCGAAGGAGAAUUGCCCGCGAGUUUCUCCGGUUCGAGCAUUCAGUCUCUCUGGUUAAAUGGGCAACAGAGUACUAACAAGCUCAAUGGAACUAUAGAUGUUUUACAAGGCAUGACCAACUUGAACGAUGCUUGGCUUCACGGGAAUCGUUUCACUGGUCCUAUACCAGACCUUUCUAACUUGACACAGUUAACGGCCUUGAGUUUGAGAGAUAACCAGUUUACAGGUAUCGUUCCCUUGACUUUGAUAAAUCAUAAAAGCCUGCACGUUGUUAACUUUACAAAUAAUUUGCUUCAAGGACCAACUCCCCAGUUCCCUAAGGGGGUUAUAGUUGAUUUGAUAGUUGGGACUAAUAGCUUCUGUACUGAUGUCCCGGGGGGUUCUUGUGAUCCUCAAGUUAAUAUUAUGCUCUCAAUCUUGGAACCGCUGGGUUACCCAGCAAGUUUUGCUCAGAGUUGGACUGGGAAUGAUCCUUGUAAAAACUGGAAAGGGAUUACAUGUGUGGAAGGAAACAUUACAGUUGUUAAUUUUCAUAAAAUGGAUCUUAGUGGUACAAUUUCUCCUGAAUUUUCUAAGCUUACAUCUCUGAGUAAACUGAUAUUGUCUGAUAAUCAUUUGGGUGGUACCAUACCAAAUGAGCUGACUACUCUGUCCAAUCUUGAACAACUGGAUUUGUCUAAUAAUCAACUUUACGGUAAAGUGCCAACUUUUAAACAAAAUUUGAUUCUGAGCACGGCUGGGAACAGUGAUAUUGGGAAGGAUCAAAGCAGUGUUCCUCCUUCUGGCAAACCUUCAGGUGGUUCAUCUGGAUCAAAGCAGGGGUCUGGAGGGAAUGAUGGAUCAGGAAGUGGUGGCAAGAAAUCGAAUACAGGGGUGGUUGUGGGAGCAGUAGUUGGCAGUAUUGGAGGGUUGGCUGUUGCUGGGGCCGUGGCUUUUUGUUUAGUGUCUAGAAAGCCAAAGCAUUCUGGUAGGGUACAAAGUCCAAACACAUUAGUUAUACAUCCCCAGCACUCUGGCGACCAAGACACAGUGAAGAUUGCAGUUACAAACCCUGGGGUUAAUGGCAGCGGGAGCGGAAUCUAUAGUCCGUCUAGUAGUGGAGGCCAUGAUGUUCAUAUUGUUGAGACUGGAAGUAUGAUAAUUUCCAUUCAAGUCUUAAGAAAUGUGACCAACAAUUUCAGUGAAGAAAAUAAACUUGGACAGGGUGGAUUUGGAACUGUUUACAAGGGAGAAUUGCAUGACGGGACAAAGAUUGCAGUGAAGAGGAUGAACCCUGGAGUAGUGGCUGAUAAAGGUUUGACUGAGUUUAAGUCUGAGAUUGCUGUUCUUACAAAGGUUCGACAUCGCCAUUUGGUUGCGCUUCUUGGUUAUUGCUUGGAUGGAAACGAGAGGCUUCUUGUCUAUGAAUACAUGCCUCAGGGAACUCUUAGCAGAUACAUUUUCAAUCGCGACGAGGAAGAUUUGAAGCCACUUGAUUGGAAGAGAAGGCUGACCAUUGCAUUGGAUGUGGCCAGAGGUGUUGAGUAUCUACACGGUUUAGCCCAGCAGAGUUUUAUUCACAGAGAUCUCAAACCAUCUAAUAUCCUUCUUGGAGAUGACCUUCGGGCAAAAGUUGCAGAUUUUGGACUAGUUCGUCUAGCUCCAGAAGGAAAAGCAUCAUUUGAGACGAGACUUGCUGGAACUUUUGGUUACCUUGCUCCUGAAUAUGCUGUGACCGGAAAGAUAACUACAAAGGUGGACGUAUAUAGUUUUGGAGUGAUUCUAAUGGAGCUGAUCACAGGACGGAGAGCGAUUGAUGAAAGCCAGCCUGAAGAAAGCCUGCAUCUUGUCACUUGGUUCCGCAGAAUGCAUAUGAACAAGGAUAUUUCUCAAAAAGUCAUUGACCCUACGAUAGAUCAGCAAGACGAAAUUGUUGAUAGUGUUAGGACUGUUGCAGAGCUGGCCAUCCAUUGCACUGCUAGAGAGCCCUACCAGAGGCCUGAUAUGGGCCAUGCUGUUAAUGUGCUUUCAUCUCUAGUUGAGCUCUGGAAACCAACAGAACAAGAAGAAUUCGACGAUGGAUAUGGCAUCAACUAUGAUAUGCCCUUGCCACAAGUGCUCAAAAAAUGGCAGGCUUUCGAGGAAAACAGCAACAUCGACGACUCAUCUUCAUCAUUUUUGGCCAGUGGUGACAAUACACAGACCAGCAUACCUAACAGGCCACCUGGGUUUGCAGAUUCCUUCGCAUCACAAGAUGCACGGUGAAGCUCAGGAAGAAGGAACCAUUCGAUCUUCCAAAGUCUUCAAGUAGCUUUUUCUGUUUGUGUUGUUCGCUUUGGCCUUACUUGUCUAUUCAUUUUGCAAGGCUUGUGCUCGUUUUCUAUUAUUACCUAGUUGGAGUUGCUUUUCCCUUCCCUUCCCUUCCCAAAAUUUGUUAAAGUAAAUUUAGGUGUCAAAUUUCUGGUAUUUUAGAAGUGAAGUUGGAAAAAGUCAUUGAUGAAAAACAAGAUGUGUCUUUCAGCUCUUGAUCCUUGUGGGGCUUGGACAAGGAUUAAGUCAGUCUUCUGUGUGUAUUUAUUUUGCCAAGCUUUUGGAAAAAAAGAAAUGGCUUUAACCAUCUCUUGUGCCUUUACUAUAAAAAUCUCUCUUUUUUUCAA